AUGAUUCAAGGCAUCUUUUACGCCAGAUUCUUCCCCCAAGAGGGCCCCAAGAUCGUCGCACAGUCUCCCGCAGGCUGCAUAACCCCCGUCGAAGGCUCAACCAAAUCCCCUCUCAUCGACUUCGACGUACUCCAUGAAUACAUCAUUCCUAGACAAGCCUUCUGCAAUCGCUAUCUCACCAUCAACACGCCAGAUGGGAAGUACACUGUCCUAGGAUACCCAGUUGUCAUUCCACACACCAAGUAUCUUCGAAAUGAGUUCAUCUUCAACUUCGGCCUCGUGCUCGACGCUGAUGUUGAUCAUGUUCCUUAUGAACGCGUCGUUCGUGGUCUAGCCUCUACCUUUUCUGAGAUGGAGAAACAGAACGAGUAUCUGAGCCAAAAUGCAGAGACUAAAGGAUCCGGGAGGAGACCGAUUGAUAGUUUGCUCGAAAUUGUCAAAGAGGAUUUGGACAAUUAUGGAGAGUGCAUGAUUCCCGUUGACGAAGCCAAUACUAUCAACAUGAAGCUCUUCCCUCACCACAUGGAUCCUCCUAGGGUUCGAGGCUGGCAUGUCCCUGUUCCAAAGGCCAAAUUCUCUGACAUUAUGGAUCCGACCUGGGACCUCACCCUCCAGAAAGUCAUCUCUCACAUCGACGGCGUCUCUGAUGUUCGACGUAUCGCCCACGCUGCUUCGGUCUCUCUUGAGCUAGCAAAGACCGCGCUCCGCCAUCUCCUCUACUACGACACUAUUCUACUUCUUGACAUGUUCUUUUUCACGGCAUGCUACGCUCCACGCCCUGGGAUCCAUGACUUUAUCCGAAAUGUUGACGGGAUGGUUGAUGAGUGUGCUGCAUAUGUAUCUCACGGACGCGGCCUUGUGAGCAACUAUCAUCUUAUCAAACUCAUGUCCACCUUUGCUCCUGGAAAAUCCGUCAUGGAAUGGCUCAAGGGGCAUCAAGACACAGGUUUCGAAGUCCUUCGUUUUGUUGACGUUCGCAGAUUCGUUCAGUUUGGCGUCAUAAAGGGUUGCAUAUACCGCGUUCACAAAUUCGUCGUCUCUAAGCAAUAUCUUGCCGCCUUAGCCUCUGGCCAAAGCCGCCCUGUCCCAGGAGGAGAUCCACUGCAGAAGUACACAGAUGGCUGUCAUCACUUUGACCAAAUCAUCACAGAGCAGAACAUGACGGAUAGUGAAAUUAUGGAGAAACUCAAGAAGUUGCCAGUUCCAAAGGGGGACUUGGCAGUCUUUUAUAGAUAG